UGAUGAAGUACUAUUGAUUGGUAUAGACAUGAGAUAUUGCCAGGACGGAACUAAAGCCAUAAUUAACGGAAGUAGCGGUUAGGUUUUGCUUGAGAAUUGAGAAUUCAUUAUUUGAGGCUUUUUUUUCAAAAAAAAUGGCUAGAAAAGUUCUUAUUCAGUUUGUCAAACAUUUGACUAAAUCAUCUGCUGAACGACAUCCUCAUCCUGCCGUUCCAUUUGCCUUGCCUUCUAGUUUUUUUUCCAAUGCUGGAGCACCCGCUACUGGCUCCUCUAAAGGCCAAGACGUCUUCAUUGCCAACGACAGAAACGAGCUUUCACCUCGAUUCCACCGUAUGCCUGUUAGUGACCUGGAAAUGAAUAUAAUUGAAUCAGGGGGUGCUUGUAUCUACUAAAUUCCCAUAAGAAUAUCCUUUAUAAGUGAGAAUUGGUUACGUCUAAUAAAUGAACUUACGAUAGUAAUAAACAACAGCCUAUUUUUGAAUAUCGAAACGA